UUUGAAAUGUGACCAAAUGAAAUCUUAAAAAAAAAUACAUGUGUGUUUAUAAUUGAAUCAAUGCCAUGGAAUGACCGCUAGUGUUUAACAGUGGAUUAUUUCUGAAUUACCUGAAAUAAUCUUCAUACUGAACACGUGUCAACCAUGAACGUGGUACAAUAUCUUGCGGGAAGCUUCUUCCUCGUGCUUCUAGUGCCACGUGCAUUUUGUGUUGCUCCAUCCGGAUGUGUAGAAAUUGAUGGGCUUUAUGAAUGCACCCAUGGAACAGUUAGUCUACCAAUGACGGAGACGUCUUUCAGUGCCCCAGUGGCACAGCGUGUCCGCCUAGUUUCAGCGUCAGGCAACCUCAACACGAACAUUUUCAGUUCUACGUUUGACUCCAUUGAUACAACACAGUUUGAUGCGAACUGGGCGGCUACUUUUGAAAUUAAGUGCAAUGGUGGCAGCGUAACCCUUGGUCAGAGCACAUUCGCCCGGAUGAACCACAUCCGGGACAUCAAGAUAGUUAACUGUGGCAUCACUGCACCGGCUAGCACAUUCACAAACCUAGUUUACUUGGAUCGACUGGUCAUUGAAAAUGGAUCCGUGGCGACAUGGGAUUCAGGUGCAUUAAGCGGCAUGCAAAUUGUAAAGUUAUCAGAUCCGAGUCCUGCAUACCCUGUCAGAACCGGUGAACUUAUAUUCCGGAACUCAAAGGUGGCUUCUUCCGCAUUCCUAUCUGAUUUCAUCGUAAGUCAAGGCAGGAUAGAAACCUUGAUUUUGGAGGGUAUGGGCAUUGAUACGCUGUAUGCUACUAUGUUCUCGAACACGACGAAACUGCGGUUUCUAUCGCUUGGAUACAACAGCUUUACAAGUAUGCCCACUGGCCUGUUCGACGGUCUUAACAGCCUAGCUGAACUUCACAUGUAUGACACGCAGCUCGACUGCAACUGUUCGAACCUCUGGCUCUUUGAGCACGCCCAAACCACUAAGAUGAAGAUCCGCGGAGAUAUCACCUGUGCCACGCCGGCUGAUUGGCUCAACUACAGAGCAGCGUCGUAUUACCAGGCAAACUGUGUCACGGUGGAGGCAGCUUGCGGCAGCGGAAUGAUACUGAUGAAUGCCUGUAUUACAUACUUUGAACUUGCAAUGUACGGGGUAUGCGCCUGGGCGUUUAUCCUUGCUAUUAUUGUGCUGAUCCUGGUUAUCCACACCAAACGACAAGUCAGUGGAGGUCACGGCUCCUCGCGCAAGAAGAAAGGCGGUCCUGGCAAGAAACCACCAGGCGGGAAAAAACGCCCGCCAAAUGGCACCAAGAAGGGAUGGGCAUAAACAGUCUAGAAACUUCUUGUUCCAUCUUGUUAUUCCUGGGUGUUAUUCAAGGAUGACUCAUGUCCAUUCAAUAUAUGUGUUGUUUCUGCUUUGGUUUCUUAUGAUUUAACAGCUAUAAUAGUUUUUAUUAAGGAAAUAUUGGAAGUUAUACAAAAUUUAUGUAGAUAAGAGAUCUGUGUAAAGCUGCGGUCUCACCUACCGGGAUGUUCCGGGACGAUCCGUGGUGAAAUUAUUGUUGCGGUUACACUAGCCCCGGCAGUACUACGGUAAUUUCCAACUAACCACCCAGGAUGCGCUCCGGAUCAUCAAGGCAGAGCCCAGGUGAAGCUACGGUUCAUGCCCGUGCCUCCCCGGUCGUUCCCGGAUGACGCCGGAAGAGCCCCGUUUAGCCCAGGCAGAGCCCAGGUCGAUCCAGGCAGAGCCCCGGCAGAGCCCAGGACGAUUCAAGCAGAGCCCCGGUAGAAGCCCGGUGGAUUGAAAACGCGCGAAAAUGAUUACAUUGAUACAUAAUUUUUAUUUUAUAUAUAUAUCUAUUGUUCCAGAAUAAUAAUUCAUGAUGAUUUUCUGAAAAAUUCUUAUGCAAGACUUGGAUAGAAGGGAAAUAGGAAGGAUUUAAUACAAGCAAGUGCAAUCAUUACAAAUUGUCGUGAUUCUAUUGAAAUGAACCGGGCUUUGCUGUGGCUCUACCGGGAUCAAUCGUAGCUCCAUCGUCAUCCUCCGGGGCUCUGCCGGCAUCCUCCAGGGCUCUGCCGGCAUUCACCGGGGCUCUGCCAGCAUUAACCGGGGCUCUACCGUAGCUCUACCGGCUAAAUUAUACCCCGAAUCAUUCCCGGUUUAUGCCGGCAGAGCUACGGUGCUUCCCCGGCAAAGCUAUACUUCCCGGAUCAUCCCGGACUACCCCGGUGAUAUUAAAUAUUUUAUUCCAUCCCCGGGUCGAAUGCCGGAUGUUCCCGGAUCAUUCCGGACGUUGCCGGUAAAGUUACGGAUGUACCCGGUUGUUCCCAGUCGUACCCCGGUCGUUCCCGGAUCACCCCGGACGUCUAACGGGGCUCUGCGGGAUGUCAGCGAGGCUGUAGCUUUACGAAAUUUUAACAGGCGUAUUUCUUAUUUUACUAUGUAUACAUUUUUCAAGUUCAUGAACGAAGUAUUUUUAUUGCUGAAGACAAUUUUGUUAUAAUUUUUGUUCGUUGAUUAUUUAUUUUAUUGUUGUUGUUUUCUUUUAUUAUUUGUUUGCUUUUGCGCCCGCGCGCGAGCGUGUUCGCAGGGAGUAGGGAUUGGCUCUCAGUGCACCAGCGUCAGCCUGGGUAGAACAACUUGCUUUCAGGUUCCUAACAUGAAAGAUUCAAGAUGAAUUUUUAAAAGAAAUUACAUGUUUAAUCAUUAAAGGUAUGCUCGCUAUAUACAUUUAGAUCGGUAACAUACAA